AUGCGCUUCUUCACCAGCAGCACCCUUGCUCUCGCAGCCCUAGCCACCGCUCAGGCGGACAUCAAUGUCACCGGUGAAACAGCGGCUGUCGGCACGAACGACAACAGCAUGCCCUUUGCGGCUAGGAAUUGUAAACCAACUUACACAUAUUGUGGGUGGUAUUUGAAGAAUACCCUCGGCUGGGCCGGCGUUGGAAAACCUAAUGGCCUUUACGUUUGUACCAGCGGCACUGAGGCAACUCUUCUGGCGUCUUGUAACAAGUGUUCUGGGCCCACGGCUCAUUGUGCUUAG